AUGACUGAGGGGCCCAAUUCAGGCGAAUUCCAAGCUUUCUGUGGUAACCAUGAAGUCGAUUGUGAGGAUUCCAGAACAAGGAGAAGUUCAAACUCAAACAUAUCCACGGAGGCAAACACUCUUGGGAACGAUGGUACCCUCCUCAACCCGGUCAAUCAGGGCAAUUUUGUUUUAGUGAAUUAUAAUUCUGAAUAUAGUACUGAGAUGAAGAAGUAUUCUAAUCCUUACGAUGAAGAUCUAGUAAGCGAAAGUUUUGGUGAUGUUCAAGUGAAUGAGCAUGAUGAAUACUACCACGAAGGGGCAGAUGACUACCAAGACAAUAAUGAUGUCGAAGAUGAAGAUGAAGAUGAAGAUGAAAUCGAAGUUGAAGUUGAAGAUGAAGAUGAAGACGAAGAUGAAGAAGAAGAUGAGGAUGAGGAUGAAGAUGAAGAUGACGACGAUGAGGUGGAUAACGAAGCGGAAGAUGAAGAACUGGAACACGAGGAGGAGGAAGAAACGGAUGUCGGAGAUGAAGAAAAUCAACGUAAUGCUUAUGAUGACUUUGUUCGGAAUCCCGAGUCUUCUACAUAUGGCUCUUUUCUUCUCCAGAAUUUUCUACAGCGUGGUAACCAGACAACAGACUCCGGGAUUAUUGACGUAAUGCAAAGACUUGUUGGGGGAGUUAGCAGCUCACCGUUUGAACGCCAACUGUCCGAGUAUGACAACUUAAUUGAUAACUUAAUUCAGCGUGAUGACACCUAUCUCAUUUUGGAGACACUCAACGAAUUACUGGAGCGUUUGCUCAUGAUGAAUGGAAUAACUGCCGAGCGAGUACUUUCUCCUAAUAAAUUGGCAAGAGCUCUUGUGGGAAUCUUAAAGGAUCCUCAACUUCUGGACGAUUUGGAGCUUCAUCUUGUUGCAUGCAGAUGCCUUUACAACUUCGUCGAGGUCAAUCAGGACUUUAUUCACGAUGUAUUGAAUAGCGACGCUGUCGAAGUUCUCACGCAUACGUUGUUGGAAAUAACAUAUAUUGAUUUGACUGAGCAAGCUCUACAAACUCUUGAAAUGAUUUCUCGUGAGUCUAGCCUGCAUUCUUUGAUCAUCACCAGUAAUGGCCUCAAGGCUUGUUUGCAGAAUCUUGAUUUUCUUACCAUUCAUGCACAGCGAAAAUGUCUAACAAUCGUUGCAAAUGCUUGUGCUAACAUUCCAACGGCACAUUUCACAAUGGUCCUAGAAGAGUUUGAAAAGCUUGCAGCAGUUGCCGAAAAUCACACGGACAAUGUCGUUCUUGAAAACUCUUGGCUCGCAAUUUCAAGAAUCAUUAUUAGCUACAAGAUGCGGCCAGAAUUUCUAGAACGUCUCUUUCUUAAUGAGAGUAUCUUGGUUCAAAUGGCAACUGUGAUUCGUAGCUCUUGCAAUCCAACAAGCACAGAUUUAGGAUUGAAGUAUCAGUCAAAUAUCUCCUUGAUACGUUCAUUAAUUACUGUUGCCUCAAGCUCGGUCAAGAUUUCGCGUCUCUUACUCAAGAUUCGCAUCGGGCGCUACAUUGCUAGCUCCUUAAGGAAAUUUGGCCGCCCUGAAGACCAAAAGUUUAAGUCUGCUACUCACAUCCUGGAAGAGGAUUUAGAAGCUGAAAAAGUUACAAUUGAAGCACUAAUCGCAUCUCCCAAGGAGCUAUUGUCACAUUUUUUGCACUUGAUUGGUUAUUUAUUGCCGAUAACAUACCUUCCCAGCGAGACACCAUUCAUGGAUUCGAGGCACAAAGAUCACGAACUCAGGAAAAACAUAAAUAGCGAGAGAGCUGAUUUAUACCGAUGUGUGUGCAUUAGAGAGUACGCAGCUUUUGUGAAUGAUAUUUGGCCCGUUUUGGUGCGAUCUUUUCAGGCUACCAUGGAUUAUGAGGUUAGGAGAAAUGUGCUUAUUAACAUAUUUCGAAUUAUGUCUUUCGAUGAAGGUUGCGCUUUGUCAGAAAUUGGAGGGAUCGAGGAGCUUCCCGGAAUUCUAACUUCGAUUGUUACAAAAGGAAAGAAGACAAUAUCAAAGACCCCUCUGGAGGAUAUUAAGAGUGAUUCAAUGUCCUUAGGAUCUUUACGUAAUGAUUUGCUCUUGUUAAGUGCGGUCUCAAUUGUACUGAAAAUACUUAAAUCCGACGACUCUUGGAUUAUUCUAUUUGAGAAGGAGGGAUUUUUCAAUGACCUUUUCGUUAUUCUGGGCAAACUUGCGUCCGCUUUGCCCGACAUCGAAGCAGUGAAGCAAGAGCUCAUACAGCUCGCAAAUGGAGAGGGGGUUCAAGAGCGCAGAGGUGUUACAAAUCUCACUAGUGCACAAUAUGACAAGUAUGUUGACAAAGAACUCACAAAGGAUUAUGAGUAUAAGCUCUCUGCCGAAAUUAGAAAAAAGGAAUUGCGACUUGCUUGUUACAAUUUGGAGAAAUUUCACAUUGAGAGCAAAAGUAGGGGUCUCUCUUACGAUUUGCUGUCAGGAAGAUUGGCUGAAAUCCUGGAUAUGUUGGAGUCAUUGAUGCAUCUUGAUACCACAACGCAUCAACUAUGGACAACUGCUUGGACCAAGCUCAAGGCUUUGUUGGACUCUCAGUCAAAUCCUAUCUCUACUUUUGAAUUAAUCUCUCUGGGUAUCAUUCAACAGAUUUGCAAAGUAUUUGCAGAGGGUGAAGAUACUUUAACAAGUCAUGAAUUGCCUCAGAUUUCGUCUUUCCUACAAGUAUUCUAUGUGGACAUUAUGUCAAUCAAUCGCUUUGUUGAACUUCUACAAGACUCGUUAACGCGGUCGGAAUCCUUCGAGAUCGUGUCAAGUGGAGGAGCCACUAUCCAUGGGGGAAACCAUGCAGCAAUCAUGAUGAAACAGAUUAAGAUAAAAUUAGUUGCCUUGCAUGGUGAUGAAACUGAGAUACCUCUUAGAAUGCAACUGCUCACACUUUCAGUUCACUCAAUUGCAACUUUCAAGUCGAUAGUUUCCUUUUUGAAACAAAGAUUCAUGAUACUCGAUCAAGUUAAGUCUUGUGAGACAGGUGACACUGAUGAGGAUGAUCAUAGUGUCCGUCAGCAAGACAGAACAAAUUGUCCUGAAGUCAUUGAUAGUGAGAAUGAUGGUAAUGCUGGAGAUGCAGAAUUUGAAAUGGAUGAUAAUAAUGUAGAAAGCGAGGAGAACAAACUACUAGAAAAGUUCACAAAUGGGAAGGAGCUUCCGGGAAUUGAGUUCUCGAUUAAUGGAUACCACAUUCCAAUUGGAACCACGAUUUUUGGAGCAGUGUUUCGUGCUAUUCAAAACGAAAAGCAGACAACGAAAGUGGAACCUCUGGAAGUUUGGUCUAAACCGCAUACUAUUACGUAUCGUCGAGUGAGGUUAUCUAGCCGAGCACUACCCAUAACUCAAGCCAGAAACUUUGAAAGUCAUUUAGAAGAACCAGAACAAACAACCUGUUCAAUUCUCAAACUUCUCAAGAUCUUGUCUGGCUUGAAUCAGCACAUGAGAGACAAAUCUGUUGUUGCUUUGGGAUCAGAGAAGUUCAUGAAUUGGAAGCUAACUGUGAAAUUGAACCGGCAACUUGAGGAGCCCUUGAUCAUUGCAAGUGGAACAUUACCUAGCUGGAGUAUACUUUUGACGAAAAACUAUCCAUUCAUUUUUCCGUUGGAUACCAGAAUGUUCUUCUUACAAAGUACCUCUUUUGGGUACUCUCGUUUGAUACUGAAUUGGCAAACCAGAAGUUAUCUGGAAGAUGCGGAUGAACAAAAUGGAAAUUCUUUCGCCAAUGCUCACGCUGGACUACAAUUAGGAAGACCACUUCGAAGGAAAGUUAGAAUUUCAAGGAAGCAUAUUCUACAGAGUGCUUUGAAAGUCCUACAAUUGUACGGAUCGUCACCUGGAGUUUUGGAAAUCGAGUAUUUCGAUGAAGUCGGUUCAGGUCUCGGCCCAACUUUGGAAUUCUUCUCUUCGGUUUCUAUGGAAUUCUCAAAGAAGUCUUUGUGUAUGUGGAGAGAUGAAAAUCCUGGUGAUUUCGAUGACGAUUUUGUUUUUUCCUCCCGGGGCCUCUUCCCUAGACCAAUGAACCUACAAAUGGUUAACAGCGAGAAUGGAAAAAAAGUACUUUUCUUAUUCUCAGCGUUGGGAACCUUCUUGGCGAGAUCUUUAAUUGACUCAAGGAUAGUUGAUUUCUCUUUCAACAGAAUAUUUCUUCGCUUGAUGCAAGACAUUGACUUUAACCCAUUAAGUGCAUACUCGAACAAUCCUGACCUCUCUCAUUAUUCGGUGAUUCUCGGAGAAGUGGAUCCUCAGUUAGCAUCGUCCCUUGAUUAUUUGAGUCAGUUUUUGUGUUCUGAAACAGCAGCAAUUGAUGGAGUUUCAAUUGAAGAGCUCUCCUUGGUGUUCGUGCUUCCGGGAUAUGAUAAAUUUGAGUUGGUGCCUGGGGGUGCAGAUAUUGCUGUGACCUCUGGAAAUCUCCGCAGGUACAUAGAAUUGAUUGUUGAAGCUACUGUUUACAGCGGAGUUAUCAAUCAAGUUAAGGCUUUCAUGCAAGGAUUUUCCAAAGUUUUUCCUAUUAGCUCCCUUACUAUCUUCUCACCCAAUGAGCUCGGAGAUAUUUUUGGUAGUAGUGAGGAAGAUUGGUCUAUAGACACUUUGGUUGAUGCAAUGAGGGCCAAUCAUGGUUACAGUAGUGAUUCAAAGGCUAUUCAUUAUUUGGUUGUUGUUUUGAAUGGGUUUUCAGAAACCAACCGUCGCAAGUUCUUGCAGUUUUUAACGGGAUCCCCCAAACUCCCAAUUGGAGGAUUCAAGGCAAUCAGACCAGAAUUUACCGUUGUCAAGAAGCGUCCAGAAGAUGGCUUGACAUCAGAUGAUUACUUACCUUCGGUUAUGACUUGUGCUAACUACCUCAAGUUGCCAGACUAUUCACUGGAAAAUGUAAUGAGAGAAAAGCUUCUUCGGGCCAUUACUGAAGGCGCCGGAGCUUUCCACUUAUCUUGA